AUGGUGACCCGCUCGGAGCCCUUGACGGCCCAUCUCAUCUGCCUCAAUCAUCACCGUCUCCUGGACCUGAGUAAAGUCCGGGAACUCCCCGAUUCCCAUACCUGGCCGGCGCUGCGCGACCAUCCCUUCGCCGGCAGAGACCACAGCCACCACCACGAGCAAGUCCCCGUCGUCGACCUCGAGGACUCCAGCGUGCGCUGCCACCUCGCCCGCGCCUGCGAGACGUGGGGCGUGUUCCAGAUAACAGGCCAUGGCGUGCCAGCGGGCCUCCUCGACCGCCUCGAGUCUCAGUGCCAGCGUCUCUUCUCUCUCCCCGCCGAGCAGAAGCUCAAGGCGCUGCGCGCCCCCGACGGCAUCUCCGGGUACGGCCAGGUCCGCAUAUCCUCCUUCUUUUCCAAGCUCAUGUGGUCGGAGGGCUUUACCAUCGUUGGCUCCCCCGAGGAGCACGCCCGCAAGCUCUGGCCAUACGACCACGACCAAUUCUGGUGCGUAUCCUCCAGCAUGCAAAGGAUUUCCCCCUCCGGUGAUUUGAUUACGGCGUCUAACGCCCCUGUCGUUAUUCUCGUUGUUGUUGUGUGCAGCGAAGUGGUGGAAGAGUACAACCAGGAGCUGAAGCAGCUUGCUGGGAGGUUGAUGACCCUCAUGCUGGAGUCCCUGGGCCUCCCUGUGGAGGAGGUCAGCUGGUACAGACCCGCAGGCCAGGAGAAGGACGGCUUCCCCGAGGCCACCUCCGUUCUGCAAUUGAACUCCUACCCGGCUUGCCCCGACCCGGAGAGAGCCAUGGGCCUUGCCGCCCACACAGACUCGAGCCUCUUCACCAUCCUUCACCAGAACCUCGUAGGCGGCCUGCAGGUGUCGCUGCCGGGGGGAGGGCGGUGGGUGACGGUGAUGCCGCGGCGAGGGGCGCUCGUCGUCAACGUCGGCGACCUCUUCCACAUCAUUUCCAACGGGCGGUGCCCCAGCGUGGUUCACCGGGCCGUGGUCAACCAGACCCAGCACCGGCUCUCGGUGGCGUACCUCUACGGCCCACCGACGCACGCCGAGAUAGCACCGCUGGGGCCCCGGACGGUCAACGGCCGGAAGGCCCCGCUCUACCGGGCCGUGACCUGGCCCGAGUACCUCGGCAUUAAGUCGAAGAAGCGCUUCGAUCAGGCUCUGGAGUCGAUUAAAGUGGCGCCGAUUGGAGACAAAGUGAUAACUUGGGGGGAUGAUGAUGACGACGGCGCCGUCGCUAUCGUACCCACCAAAUAA